CACAAUGCAAACAUCAAGCAUCGAAUUCGUAUGAAGACGACUAUUUUCAUGCACUGAAAAAACAUCGGCCUUCAACGUUCGGCCAUCCAUCGUGCUGGAAAUCCAUACAGAAUUCAGAUCCUCACUACUUGAAUCAUCGUCCAGCGACUGCCGAAGGAGACCCGGUUACGCUCCUUCAUCCUUUAUUUGCCAUGUUUUAUGAUGACUGUGAAACAGCGAAACCAACCGAAACUGAUGCUAAAUUUGUUCUGGAGAUUAUCAAAAAAAUGUCAGAUGUCUUCGAUGAUGAAAAGGCAAGGAUGACAGUGUUCCAUGAAAUCUAUGACAAGCACUACAGGAUAAAAUUGAAACAAGUCAGCAUGGACAGUUGCACAAUGGGUGGUUCAGGCUUCGAUUCAGGCAGUCGUCUUAUGACAAUCAAUUUGGAAGCGAAACCGGAACUGGGAUUAGGCAAUGGUUGCCCUUAUAUUCAGGGUAUUACUUAUUAUGGAAGACACAUGGCCGACAUUGAUAAAAAGUUCAGAGCACGAGUUCGAUUGCCAUGCUUUGUGUUAUAUCUUGCAGGACCAUAUCUCGGUGUUGCUGGAGUCAUAAUGACAGACAUUGUAACUUGCGAUCCUUUUACACUGAUCCUUCCUUUAUUACUACUUCGCCAUGAUAUGCGAGCAAUGUUUUGUUUAGCGCAAGUGUUCCAUGCUUUCAACAAAGCAGUGGUGUCUAUGAAACAGCAUUAUGAUCAAGGCCCUCCAAAAAUCGCCCGCACUCAAAGGAGUUUUCCAUAUAUUGAUUCUUUCAGUACGUUCAAUGGAUCAACAGUCAAGUUUAAGUACGUCAAGCGGCUUUGUAAAAAUAAGUUAGUGUUUCUCAUCGAAAAGGAGAACGAUGAUUCUGCGCUUCCAAAUCGUCUGAUUGUGAAAUUUACGCGGGAUUAUGGAGAAGUCGUGCAUAGAACUUGUGCAGAAAUGGGGUUUGUGCCUCAACUCUUCGGCUGUUGUAGUAUUUUGGGAGGUUGGAAAACCGUUGUAAUGGAAUUUAUUGGGAACGAAUAUCACGAUGUAGCAGACGAUGUUCAUGACUCAUCCUCUGCUUACAAAAUCAGUCAGGCCUUAAGAAAGGUGGUUGAGAAGAUGCAUGCGGAAGGAUUUGUACAUGGGGACAUAAGACAAACCAACAUUCUUUGGCGAAAAGUCAAUGGUGAUAUUAACGUUGCACUUAUCGAUUUUGAUUGGUCUGGUAGAGUUGGUGAAGCCAUCUACCCCUUGUAUAUUAAUCCCAAAAUUUCUCGCCAUCCUG